UCAUCAUUGUAGCUCAGCAGAGGGUCAAGAGCACACGCGCCUUGUAAUAUCUCUAUCGAACAAAUUGACCAUCCUGCACAUUUCCCUCUCGUUUCGUUAGAUCAACCUAGUGAUCGUGGCACUCGAGACCUCACAUUAAGUGUGUGACAUUGGGAUCGUUGCAGGGUGGACUUACUCAUCGAUUACAGUUACACUAUGCGACUUCUUGACGCUGAUGCUCUACUCUGCAUUGAGACAAGUAUCGACAAAGGGGAGAGGGUUGACCCUACAACUAAAAUCCUCGCUGAGCUCCAUGGCAAUGCCCUCAUAGAAAAGGGAUAUGCCAUACUGUCGCAUUGCUGGGGCGAGGUAGACCAAGAAGUGUCUUUCAAGGAGGUGAAGAAGUUCUUGAGUAUGACCCAGGAGAAGAGGAAUGAGAUCAGGGAGCGCCCUGGAUACCAGAAAAUCAUCCUUACCUGCAGGCAAGCACAAGAGGACGGCUUGAAAUGGGUGUGGGUCGACACAUGCUGCAUCAAUAAAGACAGUAGCGCUGAACUGUCAGAAGCAAUCAACUCGAUGUACCAGUGGUAUGAAAGUGCAGAAGUGUGUUAUGCCUACCUCCACGACGCUGUUGGGGACUGGAUGAACCGAGGAGAAUCGAUGCUCAUUCCAAGGUGGUUCUCGCGAGGCUGGACACUGCAAGAACUUAUCGCACCCAAGGUUGUCUACUUCUUCGAUCGGAGGUGGGAAUGCAUAGGUGACAGAGAAAAACUUGCAGACAUUCUCAGUGACACUACGCGAAUUCCGAAGUACGUCCUGAAGCAUGGACUAGAUCCAAGGGUUCGUCCCUGUGUAGCCCAGGUUAUCUCCUGGGCUGCUGACCGCACGACAACACGUGAAGAGGACCGAUCGUACUCGCUAUUGGGGCUCCUCAAAGUGCACAUGCCGAUGUUGUAUGGAGAAGGGAAGAAUGCGUUUCGUCGUUUGCAGCUCGAAAUCAUUCGCACAUCUAACGAUCAGAGCAUCUUUGCUUGGGGCCACUCGAGGGAAUUUGGAUGGUCCAAUAACUUCUUGGCGGAUGAUCCAAGCUACUUCAGUGAUUGCGGUGAUGUCGAGUUGUUGUCACCCGACGAGAUCAUCAAGGACCUCGAGGAAGACAUCCCUAAAGAAGAACUCAGCAAAACUCCCGCAGAACGAUUUCGCACGUUUACCGUGACUAAUGACGGCAUACAAAUGUGGCUACCCACCACAUCCUUCGGGCCACUUUCCGAGGUCAAGUUGGCAUGCCGCACCAAAUACAGCGGGGAGAUAACCAUACGCCUGGCGCUUUUCGGAUCCACCUCUCUCAGAAUUUUUGCCAUUCCAUACAUCCGUAGAUCUGGGAAGCUAGAACUCAAGCAGCACUUCCUUCCAUAUAAAGCAGCCGAGUACCCGACUACAUACACUUCCGAAUUGCGUGAAGAGGCACUUUUCCAUUGUGGCUUCGUCCGGGACCGUGUCCUGCCUGAUGGCAUAGAAGUAAGAGGAAAUCAAGUUUCCCUCUCGAAAGACAAGGAUUUUGCUGCCAUUGCUUACAUCUGCAGGAAAGACAAAACUCGCUUUUUAGUCCUUCUCAGAUAUUGUGCCGGGCGUCACUCUGCAUUUGCCACCUUGUGUCCAGAGAAUUUGGAAUGCAAGAUGGCAUUCUUGCGGUUUCAAGCCUUGGAGAUACUGUUCAACAGUCAGCUGAAGAACCCCAGAAAAUUUACCCGGCAUAUCCACCUUCGUCGAUCUAUUGAAGAUGUCUCUGUUAUGGUUAAUAAUGAUUGGAGGGUGGAGGCUUGUUUCGUUGCGAUCAAUAUAACCAAUUGUCCUGGCAUGCUUGGGUCCCAAGUACAUCAUCCCAAUAAACUGACUGAUCAACAAUGUCUAGAACAUGGCGAAGUCAUGGAGAUGCUCCAGGCGAUAAUACAUAACUUCUCAGUUUUAGUUGGAUGGGUAAGUCUCCUAUUAAUUCCUUUUCACAUCUGGUCAGUUUGUGGCUCAUGAAUGUCUCCUAGACAGAGUUGUAUAAGCCAGGGCAUUCAAGUGGGGUAGUGACCUGUGGGGCUGCCAUUAAAUUCUUUUUGGGCAUAUUUGGUGGCAGUGACUUCAAUGAUUUUGUGGGCCUUUACUUCCUGUUCAUAUUGACCUCCUG